AUGACAGAUCACUCAGUGACCCCCCAGGCCAACCCAACCACCGCCGAGGUCCUGGCAGCCAAUGCUGCGUUACUGGCGGACAACCAGCAAAUGACCGACCUUUUAGCAACACUCCAAAAUAACGAUGAGGGGAAGAAGGACAAAAAGCAGGCUGCUAACGAAGCCCAUGAAGAACACCAAUCUGAAUCAAAUGCGAAAACAGGGGAAACGCCUCCAAAAAUAGAACAGCGCCAGAGUAGUCCCUUCUCGAAAGAAAUAAUGGAUUUCGAGAUGCCUAAGAACUUCACACUGCCAAUGACAUUGGCCCCAUACAAGGGGAUCGAAGAUCCUAAAGUUCAUGUCACAAAAUUUGAAUCUAUGAUGUUUUUUAACAGUGACUCUGAUCCCAUCUUGUGUCGCUCAUUUCCGACCUUUUUGGACGGAGCCUCUUUAUUGUGGUUUUCUAACCUACCUAGAGGUUCAAUUUCCAAUUUCGAUGAGUUUGCUAAACUGUUCAUAAAUCAUUUUGCAGCUUCUAAAAUCUACGUACGAGAUUCUGACUAUCUCAGCACAAUCAAACAAGGACAGCAUAAAAGUCUAAAGGACUACAUGACACGCUUUACGGUGGCAGCCAUGGAGAUCCCCAACCUCAAUCCAGAAGUACAACUGCAUGCUAUCAAAAGUGGUCUCCGACCCAGAAAAUUCCAGGAAGCGAUAGCCGUAGCAAAGCCGAAAACAUUGGAAGAAUUCAGAGACAAAGCCACUGGACAGAUCGAAAUAGAGGAACUAAGAGAAGCCUGA